AUGGAAGCAGAAUAUUACAUGAGAAUCCUUCUUGGUAUAGUCACUGGUCCUAAAAGUGAUGAAGAUAUUAGAACUUAUAGAGGUGUUGUGUAUGACACAUACAAAAAAGCAUGUUGGGCGCGUGGUAUUUUGGAAGAUGAUCAUGCCUAUAUAGAUAGUAUUAUUGAAGCAAAAUUGAAUUUAACGGAUGAUGAGAAGAAAAAUUAUACUCUCCACGAGAUUGAAGAACUAAUGUUAAGCAAUGGUGGAACUCUAAAAGCAUUUGACGAGAUGCCUAAGCCACCUGACAUAGAUGUUGAUCAUUCCAACCGUCUCAUUACAGAAAAGAAGAACUACGAUCGUGAUUAUUUGAAAUCAAAACAUGAUGAGUGGGUAAAUAAGAUGACAUCAGAACAAAGAGCAAUAUAUGAUAAGAUCAUGGGGGCUAUUCUGAAAGACAAUGGAGGAGUGUUUUCUGUAUAUGGCUUUGGAGGAACAGGGAAAACUAUUUUGUGGAAAACUCUGUCUGCUGCUGUUAGAUAUAGGGGAUUGAUAGCAAUUAAUGUUGCAUCAAGCGGUAUUGCAUCUUUGUUGUUGGAGGGUGGGAGGACUGCACAUUCAAGGUUCUGUAUCCCUAUUAACCCUGAUGAUUUUACAAUGUGUAAUAUCAAUCCUAAUUUAGAUCUUGCUAACAUGUUGAAAGAAACUUCUCUUAUCAUAUGGGAUGAAGCACCAAUGAUGAGCAGAUAUUGUUUUGAGAAAUUGGAUAGGAGUUUGUCAGAUAUUAUGAGAAACAAUGAUAAUAAGCCGUUUGGUGGAAAGGUUGUUGUCUUUGGAGGUGAUUUCAGACAAGUUCUCCCAGUUAUCAACGGUGCUGGUAGGGCUCAGAUUGUUCUAGCGUCUUUAAAUUCAUCAUAUCUCUGGGAGCAUUGUAAGGUUCUAACUUUGACAAAGAACAUGCGUCUUAUGUCAAAUGGAGUGUCGGAGAACGAAGCAGAAAAUAUCAAGGAGUUUUCUGAUUGGAUAUUAGUUGUUGGUGAUGGGAAAAUUGCUGAGCCUAAUGAUGGGGAAGCUCUAAUUGAUAUUCCAGAUGAAUUUCUAAUCAAAAAUGUUGAUGAUCCUAUAGAUGCUAUAAGCAGAGCCGUUAUCAGACUAUCUGGAUUGCCAAACCAUAGGCUACGGCUCAAGAUAGGUGCUCAUGUUAUGUUAUGGAGGAAUAUUGAUCCUAAAGGUGGUUUAUGCAAUGGUACUAGAUUGCAGAUUACUCAGAUGGGGAACAAUGUUCUGGAAGCUUGCGUUAUUACAGGGGAUAGAGUUGGAGACAAAGUUUUGAUACCAAAAGUCAUGAUAAAACCAUCAGACACUAAAUUGCCUUUCAGGAUGAGGAGAAGGCAAUUUCCAUUGGUUGUGGCUUUUGCAAUGACUAUAAACAAGAGUCAAGGACAAUCACUAGAAGAAGUUAGAUUGUUUCUUCCUCGACUAGUGUUCUCUCAUGGACAGCUAUACGUAGCGUUGUCAAGGGUUACAUCUAAGAAAGGUUUAAGAGUUCUUAUAGUGGAUAAAGAAGGGGAGCCCAAAACGCAAACAAUGAAUGUUGUCUUCAAAGAAAUAUUUCAGAAUCUUUGA